AUGCAGUCGCUGCAGAGUUCAGGGGUGGCCUUUCGCAGGAUCCUUUCUCACUUCCCCGAGGAGCUGAGCCUGGCUUUCGCCUAUGGCUCUGGGGUGUUCCGCCAGGCCGGGCCCAAUGCACAUCAGCAGAAUACUAUGCUGGACCUUGUGUUUACAGUGGAUGACCCUGUUGGAUGGCAUUCAAGGAAUCUGAAGCAAAACUGGAGCCACUAUUCUUUCCUAAAAGUUUUGGGGCCCAGGGUUAUCACAACUGUCCAAAACAACUUUGGUGCUGGAGUUUACUACAAUCCAUUGAUUAAGUGUGAUGGUAGGCUUAUCAAAUAUGGGGUUAUUAGCACUUGUACUCUGAUUGAAGAUCUCCUCACCUGGAAUAGCUUAUAUAUCGCUGGACGACUCCAAAAACCGGUGAAAAUCGUGGUAAUGAAUGAGAAUGCCACACUUAGGACAGCCCUGGAUAAAAAUCUGAAGAGUGCUGUCAACGCUGCUUUCCUCAUGCUCCCGGAGAGCUUUUCAGAAGAAGAGCUCUUUAUCACAUUGGCUGGACUCUCCUAUUCAGGAGACUUUCGGAUGGUGGUUGGAGAGGAUAAGACAAAAGUGUUUAACAUCGUGAAGCCCAACAUAGUUCAUUUUCGUGGUCUGUACGGCAGCAUACUACAGGAGAAUCCCCAGGUGGUGUAUAAACUGCAUCACGGUCGACUGGAGCUAGAUAAAAGUCCUGAAGGACAGUUCACUCAGCUAAUGGCAUUACCCAAAACCUUACAGCAACAAAUAAAUCAUAUUAUAGACCCUCCUGGAAAAAACCGAGAUGUAGAAGAAACUUUAUUCCAACUUGCCAAUGACCCUGAUUGUGCACAGGUGGUACGACUAGGCUUGUCUGCGAUUGUAAGACCUUCCAGUGUGAGACAAAGCACUAAAGGCAUCAUCACAGCCGGUGUGAAGAAAUCGGUGAUUUAUAGCUCAUUGAAACUGUACAAAAUGUGGAGAGGAUGGCUGAGGAAAACCUAA